CACGAAGGUUAGAUGUCGCCUUAAUUUGUUUUUGUGCAAAACGUCAAAUGUGUGUCAAAUUAAAUUAAAAGAAUAUAUAAUUUAUUUAAAAUAAAUUUGUGACACAAUGAGUACUUAUGAAAUAAGUAAAUCAUCAUUGCUUAGUCUAAAAGCAGAAAUUUUAAGAAAACAACAAGAAUGUACUAAAAUUAAAGUAGAUAAUGAGGUGAAAAUCAAAACAUUGAAAAAGAAUACCCCUUUAGAAGUUAAAAAUAAAGAAAAACUAGCUGACAAUGCACCAUUAACAGAUGCCGAAGAAGAAUUACUAAAAAAAUCAAGGUCUGUUUUAGAGGCAAAAUCUAAAUUAUAUGAAGAAUUGUUAAACUCCAAGAAUUUGACAGAUGAACAAAAAGAGAUUAAAAAGAGAUAUUUGGUGAGAUUUAACAGCAAAGUUCCAGAUUUACCACCAGAUGAACCUGAUGAUGUAGACAAAUAUCCUGAUAGUGAUGAUAAUGGGAAUUAUGAUGACUAUGAUGAUCCCAAAAAUCCUGAAGAUGAAUGGGUUGAAUAUGUGGAUUGUCUCGGCAGAACUAGAACAUGUCUGAGAAAAGAUUUGGAACACAUUAAAGCCAAUGAUGCUGAACUGAAACAAAGUCAAGAUAAAAGAAGGGAACAUGAUGAAGAACCUCAGAAAGUUGUUCCUAAAGAGGAAAAAGAGAAAACAAAGGAAAAGCAAUUAAAUGAUGAAGAAAGUGAACUACUUUCAGCAGACAUGAGAAGAGAGCAGUUGAGAAAGCAGUGGGAAAAAGAAGAGGAUGAACUGAGAGAUAAAACAAAUAUUCAUUAUCAAGAUAUUUUAUUUAAUGAGGCAAGAACUCAUGGUGUUGGCUAUUAUGGAUUCUCAAAGGAUGAAGAAGAAAGAGCUGCUCAACAAGAAGCAUUAAAUAAGCUCAGACAGGAAACAGAAGCCCAACAGAAAAAGUCUCAAGAGAUGAAAGCCUUGAGGGAAAAACAACUAAAGGCAAGAAUACUUGCUGCUAAAAAUAGAAAGAGAGCCAGAAUGGGUUUGCCUCCAGAAGAAGAAACUGAGGAGACUCCAAAAGAAACUGAAAAAGACCCUGAAAAAAAAAUAGAGGAUCCAGCUGAGAUAGAAAAACAAAAACAAUUGGAAGAGGCGCGAAAAAAACACAUAAGACCUUGGGAUAUAGGAAAAGCUGCGCUGAAAGAGCAUUAUGUACACAGCCAAGAAGAAUGGGUUGAUAAGAAAAGAAGGGAAAGACCUGAGGAAUUUGCGCCGCCGUCCAGUUAUAGGAAGAAUUUUAGGAGUACAGUUGAAGAUAAUUUACCCAGAGAUGUUGAUAGGUCCUUAAAGUUUAGUACAAAGAGAAGUUCAAAAGACGACGUUAAUCCAUACAAGAGAAGCAGUUAUGAAGAAAUACCUCAGGAUAAAUUAAUAGAACCUACUCCAAUCAUUGAUGAAUGUGUUGAAACUCCAUUACAUAAUAAAACAAAGAGAAUUCAAAGUGAUUAUUCUUCAGAUUCAGACAGUGAUGAUAGUAAAAGGAAAGGAGCAGAAAUAGCACCACCUCCUACUUAUGAUUAUUAUGGACCAAGUUCUACUAAAAAAUCAAAAACGUCAAAAUCUAAAGAAAAUAUUGAACUGUCCAUAGAAGAAGGACUUAAAUUUUUGAGAAAACAAGUGGAGAAGAAGGAAACUGGAAAACAUGAUAAUGACAUGUUUAUAUUUUAAUUUUAAGAUUCAAUAUUAUAGAGAAUAAACGUUGUGUAUCAAUAAAAAAUAAUUAUUAUAAAGUA